UUCCUUAACAAACCAGUGAAGAGAAAAAUCUUAUCUUUACCUCUCAAUUUCUGUGAAAUGAUUCAGCUACGAUGCACUCACUAACAUCACCAACGAUGCAGCCUCUCUCUCUAACUCAAUCUUCCCGCUCUCUCUACACUCGUUUCAUAUCAACUUCAUUUUCCAGGUCCUUUUUUGCAAAUACCAGAACCAUCACCAACCCAGUAUUCAACACUAAUUCAACAUAUUCCCCAUUAUUAAUAAGAAAUUGCAGCUCAAUCACUGCAAAACCCUCUUCACAAAUCAGAAAGAAUCACACUUUUAAAUCAGAACCAGAUGAGAAAUUAAGGGCUCUUCGUGAGCUUUUCUCCAAGCCUGGAAUUGGUAUUGAUGCCUAUAUUAUACCUUCUCAAGAUGCUCAUCAGAGUGAAUUUAUUGCUGAAUGCUAUAUGAGGAGAGGUUAUAUAUCAGGGUUUACUGGUAGUGCUGGCACUGCUGUUGUCACUAAAGAGAAAGCUGCGCUUUGGACUGAUGGUCGUUAUUUUCUUCAGGCUGAGAAGCAGUUGAACUCUAGUUGGAGCCUUAUGCGGGCUGGUAAUCCUGGCGUUCCAACUACAAUUGAGUGGCUUAAUGAUGUCUUGCCUCCCGGAGCCAAAGUUGGUAUUGAUCCGUUUCUUUUUUCUUUUGAUGUUGCUGUGGAAUUGAAGGAUGCGAUAGCUAAGAGGAAUCACCAAUUGAUAUACUUAUAUGAUAUGAAUCUCGUGGACGAUAUUUGGAAGGAUUCUAGGCCAAAACCUCCAAAAAACCCAAUUAGGAUGCAUGGCAUUGAGUAUGCUGGAGUGGAUGUAGUAUCGAAGUUGUCUUCCCUGAGGUCUCAGCUCCUUGAUGCUGGUGCAUCUGCAAUUGUUAUUUCUAUGCUUGAUGAAAUUGCUUGGCUGCUGAACUUGAGAGGGGCUGAUGUACCUCAUUCACCAGUUAUGUAUGCAUACUUAAUUGUGGAGAUUGAUGGAGCCAAAUUAUUUGUGGACAAUUCUAAAGUCACUCCUGAAGUGUUGAAACAUUUGAAGAAUGCUGGUGUUGAGUUGAAGCCUUAUGAUGCCAUCCUACCUGAGAUAGAAAGGUUGGCUGCACAUGGGGCUGAACUUUGGCUGGAUACAUCAUCUGUUAAUGCUGCUAUAGUAAACACCUAUAGGUCUGCCUGUGAUAGGCAUCUCGAGAACCUUGGAAAAAAAAGUGACAGUAAGAAUGAUAUAUAUAAUGGGUCCAAUGGCCAAUCCUGGGGUCCUUGUGGAGUUUACAGAGCAUCACCUGUAUCUCUGGCAAAAGCAUUGAAGAAUCCAGCUGAGUUGGAUGGCAUGCGAAAUUCCCACUUAAGGGAUGCAGCUGCUCUAGCACAAUUUUGGGCCUGGCUGGAAGAGGAAAUUCAUAAGGACUUGGGACUGACAGAAGUGGAUGUUUCUGAUAAACUUCUUGAAUUUCGUUCGAAGCAACAGGGCUUUCUGGAUACUAGCUUUGAUACAAUAAGUGGUUCAGGUGCAAAUGGUGCCAUCAUACACUACAAUCCUGAGCCAGGUAGUUGUAGUGUUGUCAGUCCGAAAAAGUUAUUCUUGUUAGAUAGUGGAGCUCAAUAUGUUGAUGGAACAACUGACGUAACCAGGACCGUGCACUUUAGUGAACCUACUGCACGGGAGAAAGAAUGCUUCACCCGAGUUUUACAGGGUCAUAUAGCUCUUGAUCAGGCAAUUUUCCCUGCAAAUACACCUGGUUUUGUGUUGGAUGCAUUUGCUCGUUCUUCUUUGUGGAAGAUAGGGCUCGACUAUCGCCAUGGGACUGGACAUGGUGUUGGAGCUGCAUUAAAUGUUCAUGAAGGCCCUCAAAGCAUUAGCUUUCGGUAUGGGAAUACUACUCCCUUGCAGAAAGGCAUGAUUGUGAGCAAUGAACCGGGGUACUACGAAGAUCAUGCUUUUGGCAUUCGAAUCGAGAAUCUUCUUCACGUAAAAGAGGUUCAGACUCCAAAUCGAUUUGGAGGAAUAGAGUAUUUGGGAUUUGAGAAACUGACUUUUGUCCCCAUUCAGACUAAAAUGGUAGAGUUAUCGUUGCUCUCUGCUGCUGAGAUCGAUUGGCUUAAUGAUUACCAUUCACAAGUUUGGGAGAAGGUUUCACCACUGCUUGAUGGUCCUGCUCGUCAAUGGCUUUCGUACAACACAAGACCGCUUGUCCAUCCGUGAUUCACCUUUCAUAUUUUUGUAUGUUCAAGGGUCGGACAUGUUGCUUCAUAAAGUAUUGUACAUGUGAAAUAUGCACUUCAGUCUUCAACCAAGUUGCAUUUAGGGAGGAAAUAAAAAAUUCCUCCAAAAGUAUAGAGAAAAUUUACAGUUUUUGGUGUAUAUGAUAAUUUGAGACAUCAAGUUAUUCACGUGAAACAUCAAAUUAUUUGUAUAUUCAGGCAGUGUAAUCAAUUCGCAUAAAACAUCAAAUUAUUUGUAUAUUCAAGCAGUGUAAUCAAUUUGCGUAAAACAUCAAA